GUGACAAUUGGUCAUUUGACAGUGACAUAUGUACUACUGGGGUAGUACAAAUGUACAAUCAAUCUACAUUACUGAAAAAAAAUAGUCGGGUGAUCCGGACGUUGUGUUUCUUCAAGUAAUUUUCGCAUAAAAUAUUUAAUAAAAUGUCUACAUACUGGUUAAUGUAUUCCAGCUAGAACAUUAUAUUUUAUUGAACUGAUUCAUCGGUUGUGAUGUUUAUUUUAAGUCAACAUGGGAAAGUUCAGCACGUACAGAUAUUUAGAGUUAAAAGAUGAUACCUCAGCUGCACAUAUCAAUGUUAGGAGUAGAACCAUAAAGCAUCCCAGAAGAUUGAAGAAAGUUUUUAUUUUCCUCAUUGUGUUGGCACUAUUUGUCACAUACUUUUUGGAUAGUUACAUAUCGUCGUAUUUCAAGUCAAGAAAAGUGCAAAAUGGAAAAUGGCAUGGUCACAUUAGUGCGUACCAUUGUUUUCUUGUCAGGGUUGUUCGCGGGGCAGUCACAAUGGCUGGACGGCCUCGCCAAGAGCUUGGGCUACGAGAGCGUGUUCCACCACGCGGUCAUCAUCGACGCCGGCUCAUCGGGCUCCAGGGUGCUUGCUUAUAAGUUUAGGGUACCUUUUAUAGGUGAGUCCUAUUUUUUUUGUGAUGUCUAAGUAGCAUUAAAAUGUCCUACAUGGUGUUCUUUUGGUUAACUUUAUGUUAGUUAAGUAUAUUUGUAAAUGCGGAAUGAAACUGCAUUGUAAUAUUAAACUAAUGAUAGGUGGAAGAAAUUACUGGAAUAAAUGUAUGUUAUUGUAUUUAGAAAAAUGGUUUCUUCAGAACUAAAAUAAUUUAUACGAGAAAUACAAUAGGUACCCAACUACAUAAAAUACAAAUGGUUAUUCCCAGUGUGAUAAGAGUAUCUUAUGACGUAACAUCUUCAUCCGCCCAUUCAGCGUACGGAAUCUGGCUGUACGAAUAAUUGAGUAUUGCUUACCACUGUGCUCGACAUGUCGCGGGUUUGAUUCCUGCGAAUGGUUUUUUUUUGUGU